GCCAGAGAGAGAGAGGAGAGAAGGAGAGAGACGGAGCGGGCUGCUGCUGCUGGUGGCAGAUGGAGUAGCGGAGUGCGGAGAGAGCUCCACGUAUUACCAUGCCGAGAUUUGGACGACUUCAACUUCAUGCAAAACCCCCCAAACUUCGAGAUUCUUCACAGUAGAGGUGGUUCUGCCAGCAUCACGGUACGAUAAUGGGGAAGCGCUUGGUGUUGCUGCUGGUGCUGCUCCUGCAGCUCGUCUGUGGCAGCGCAGGGAAUCAGAGGACGGCGAGGGCUGCGGCUGCCCUGCAGUUCACCCACUCCAUCUACAACGCCACGAUAUACGAGAACUCCGCCGCUAAGACUUACCUUGAGAGUCACACCAAGAUGGGGAUUUACAUCAGCGACCCGGCCUGGGAAGUACGGUACAAAAUCAUCUCUGGGGAUAACGAGAACCUAUUUAAAGCGGAGGACUACUUGCUGGGGGAUUUCAGUUUCCUGCGAAUAAGGACCAAAGGAGGCAGCACUGCCAUUCUGAACCGCGAGGUUAAAGACCACUACGUGCUGACAGUGAAAGCGACGGAAAGAGGAACCAAUUUGGAGUGUCGCACUAGAAUCAAAGUGCAGGUUCUUGACACCAAUGAUCUGAGGCCACUUUUCUCACCGACGUCUUACAGCAUUUCUCUCCCAGAGAACACUGCCAUACGCACCAGCGUGGCUAAAGUGACUGCGACAGACGCAGAUAUCGGUACAAACGGGGAAUACUACUAUAGUUUUAGAGAGUGGACCGACAUGUUUUCAGUGCACCCAACGAGCGGCGUGGUGGCGCUGACCAGCAAGCUGGAUUACUCCGAGACAAAGCUGUACGAGUUGGAAAUUCUGGCGGUGGAUAGAGGGAUGAAACUCUAUGGCAGCAGUGGCUUCAGUAGCAUGGCAAAGCUGACAGUCAGGGUCGAGCCGGCCAAUGAAAACGCACCGGUCAUCACGGCGGUAGCCUUGGCUCACUCAGAUUAUGAUCAUGACCCCACUUAUGCUAUAGUGACAGUCGAGGACAAUGACCAGGGACCAAACGGUGAGAUAGCAUCACUGUCUAUUGUUGCGGGUGACCCCCUUCAGCAGUUCAAGGCUGUAAGAACCAGCCCCGGGAGCAAAGAGUACAAAAUCAAAGCGGUCAAAGAUGUAGACUGGGACAGCCAGCCGUUUGGCUACAACCUUACUCUCCAAGCCAAAGACAAAGGAAGCCCCCCUCAGUUUUCAUCGGCUAAACUGGUACACGUCAGCUCUGCGCAUUUCAAAGCGGGUCCUGCUGUCUUUGAAAAGGCAGUUUACAGAGCCAAUCUCAGCGAAUUUGCCCCUCUUCACACGCCUGUCAUAAAAGUCACGGCCUUGCCUAAACAUCCGCAUCUCAAGUAUGUUUUCCGGCACAAAUCUGAAAAGAACAGAUUUAACAUCAACCCAGAUACUGGGUUAAUUACCACUGCUGGACCAAUCAAUGCACAUUCCACCCCCCAAUUUGACCUGGAGGUGAUUACCAGUGACAAGAAAUCAUCAACAAAAGUGAUCAUUCACGUCACUGACGUCAAUAACAAUGCGCCCGAGUUCCAGCAAACGUCGUACAAAGCCAGUGUGGACGAAAACUCACCCGUAGGGACCAGUGUGGUUACUGUGCAAGCCACUGAUUUGGACAGAGGCGAAAAUGGCUAUGUCACGUACACCAUCACCAACCUGAACCCGCAACCCUUUGUCAUUGACUACUUCUCUGGAAUCAUUAGUACCGCCGAGGUUCUUGAUUACGAACUCAUGCCGAGGAUUUACAGUCUCAAAGUCAGGGCCUCAGACUGGGGGACCCCUUUUCGGAGAGAGGUCGAAGCAUCGGUGACCAUAACGCUAAACAAUCUGAACGACAAUAAGCCGUUGUUUGAGAACGUUGACUGUGAAGUCACUGUGCCACGAGAUCAUGGAGUAGGAGAGCAGAUCACCACUGUGUCUGCCAUAGACGCUGAUGAACUGCAGCUGGUGAGGUACUACAUUAAGGCCGGCAAUGACCUUGAUCUGUUUGAAAUGAACCCGAACUCUGGAAUGCUGUCACUGAAGCAGACUUUGAGCGAGGGAGAGGCAGCUAAAGUUUCUUUCCAUAGUUUACAAAUCAUUGCGUCUGAUGGAGAGCAUGAGACUCGGCCAAUGAUCAUGAACAUCACCGUCAUCACGGCGCGUAAGCCUGUUCAGUUGAAAUGUGUGGAGACCGGCGUGGCUACUAUGUUGGCUGAGAAGCUGCUUCAGGGCGGCAAAGUCCACACGCAGACUGAGGCCGAUGAUAACUUCAUGGACGUUCACUCUGUCAACAGGUACUCGCCGCAGUUUUCCGAGUCUUUUCCCAGUGUAAUUCAAGUUAAGGAGGACCUUCCUGUCGGGGCCCGGGUUGCUCAUCUGAGCGCCACAGAUGCUGACAGUGGCUUCAAUGGGAAACUUGUGUAUGUUAUUUCAGGAGGAGACACAGAAAGCCGCUUUGUCGUAGACAUGGAAACUGGGUGGCUCCUGGUCUAUUCUCCUCUCGACAGAGAAAUAACAGAUCACUACACGCUUAAUGUGACUGUCUACGAUCUCGGAAUUCCACAAAAGUCCUUGUCACGGCUCUUGGAUGUUAAGAUAUUAGACGCAAAUGACAACAGUCCUCACUUUUUACAGGACUCUUACUCUGUUGAGAUCAGCGAGAAUACUCCCAUUGGUACGGAAAUCGUUCAGGUGGACGCGACUGACAAAGAUCGGGGAGAGAACGGGGUUGUGAGGUAUUCAGUUCUGGGCGGCACUGACCACUUUGCCAUCAAUGAGGAGACCGGUGUGGUGACAGUGACGAAGCCACUGGACCGUGAGCUUCAUCCUUAUUACAUCUUAAAGAUCGCAGCACGUGAUCAGGCGGUUGAUGAACCGCAGUUGGUGUCCACCGUUCCACUUAAGAUCACCUUAGAAGAUGUUAAUGACAACCCGCCUAAAUUUGUGCCCCCAAAUUACCGCGUCAAGGUGAGAGAGGAUCUUCCCAUCGGUACUGUAAUUAUGUGGCUGGAGGCGCAUGACCCCGACGUCGGCGCCUCGAGCCAGGUGCGAUACAGUCUCACAGAUAACGGAGACGGUCACUUUGAAGUGGACAAACUGAGCGGUGCCGUGCGGAUCGUUCAGAACCUUGAUUACGAGACCAAGCAGGUGUACAAUCUCACGGCGAAAGCCAAGGACAAAGGAAAACCCAUGUCCUUGUCCUCCACCUGUUUCAUUGAGGUGGAAGUGGUGGACGUGAAUGAAAACCUUUACAGACCCUUCUUCAGAUCGUUUGUGGAAAGAGGAUUUAUAAAAGAGGAUGUGCUUAUCGGAACUUCCGUCAUGACAAUAACAGCGGAGGAUGAAGACAAUGGACGAGACGGGGAGAUUCGGUACUCGAUCCGAGAUGGCUCUGGACUGGGAAUCUUUUCUAUCGAUGAGGAAACAGGUGUAAUUCGUACCCAAGAACUGCUGGAUCAUGAAACCACGCCUCACUAUUGGCUAACAGUCUAUGCCAUGGAUCGUGGCGUGGUGCCACUCUCUGCCUUUGUGGAGGUCUUCAUCGAGGUGCAGGACGUCAACGACAACGCACCCCAAGCAUCCGAGCCCGUCUACUAUCCAUCCGUCAUGGAGAACUCUCCAAAAGACGUGUCCAUCAUCCAGAUUGAAGCAGUGGAUCCUGAUGCGAGGGCCAGCGAUAAACUCACUUACAAAAUCUCCAGCGGCAAUCCCCAGGGAUUCUUCGCCAUUAACGCCAGGACAGGACUGAUCACGACGACUUCAAGAAGGCUGGACAGAGAACAACAGGAUGAGCACAUUCUGGAAAUCACCAUCACUGACCAAGGAGUUCCAGCCAAGUCGACCACAGUCCGGGUCAUUGUCCAGGUCCUGGACGACAACGACAACAGACCCCUGUUCCUGGAGAAGAUCUACAAAAUCAAGCUUCCAGAGCGGGAGAGGCCAGAAAAAGAGAGAGCUAUGAAGCGAGACCCUGUUUAUCGAGUCAUUGCCUCGGAUCGCGACAGCGGCGCCAACGCUGAGAUCUCCUAUACCAUCGAGGAGGGGGACGAGCACGGCAAGUUCUUCAUCGAACCCAAAACUGGUCUGGUGUCCUCCAAGAAAUUCUCCUCAGCCGGCGAGUACGACAUCCUCACAAUUAAGGCCGUGGACAACGGGCGCCCGCAGAAAUCCUCGACGUGUCGUCUGCAUAUCGAGUGGAUCCCCAAACCGACCGUGCCGGCGGAUGCUGCUCCUUUGCUGUUUGAGGAGUCGCCGUUCGCCUUCUCAGUGAUGGAGAGCGAUCCGGUGGCUCACAUGGUGGGAGUGGUGGCGACCGAAUCCUCCGAUGUCCCGGUGUGGUUUGAAAUCACAGACGGCAUAGAGGAUACUGAGAUAUUUUACAUCCUUCAGAUGGCUUGUGACCUCAACUGUACAGCAGAAGGUGGUAAUUAUGACAGCCGCUUUGACGUGGGCAAGGCCAGCGGAACCUUGAUUGUUGCACGGCCCCUGGAUGCCGAGCAGAAAUCAAAUUACAACUUGACAGUGGAAGCCACAGAUGGGACACGAACUGUCAGCACCCAGGUGCUGAUCCGUGUCAUUGACACAAACAAUCACCGGCCUCAGUUCUCCAAGCCGGUGUACGAAGUCAGCGUUCCUGAAGAUAGUCCUGCCGGGACCGAAGUGCUGCAGAUCAGUGCCGUGGACGAAGACGAGAAGAACAAACUCACCUACACGCUCCUAAGCAGCACGGAUCCCUUCAGCCUCAAGAAGUUCAAGCUGGACCCCGGGACUGGGGUGCUGUACACCGCCGAGCCGCUGGAUCACGAGACCAUGCACAGCCACAUCCUCACCGUCAUGGUCAGAGACCAGGACAUUCCGGUGAAACGAAACCUGGUCCGAGUUAUUAUCAACGUGGAAGACGCCAAUGACAACGCUCCCUGGUUCAUCGGCACACCGUACUCUGGGCGCGUGUUUGAAUCGGCCGCUGUUGGUUCGGCAGUGCUGCAAGUCACGGCUCUGGACAAAGACAAAGGCCAAAAUGCAGAAAUAGUUUACAGCAUCGAAUCAGGAAACGUCGCAAACGCCUUUGGCAUUGACCCAGUUCUUGGUACAAUAACUGUGGCCAAGGAACUGAAUCGCAGCAGCAAGACCACCUUUGAGCUCACCGUCAAGGCGCUUGACAGAGGAGCGACCCCGCUUUCCACCACAGCCACCGUCAACAUUCUCGUCACAGUUUCAGAUAACGCUGCCCCGAGAUUCACGGAGAAGGAGUUCUCUGCUGAAGUCAGUGAACUGGCCCAUCCUGGAAGUUUUGUCAGCUUGGUCACGGCUGUCAGCCAGUCGUCAGUUUUCUACCAGAUAAAAGGUGGAAACAUUAACAACGUGUUUGACGUAAAUCCGAACUCUGGAGUGAUUGUGACUCAGAAGCCCUUGGAUUACGAGGUCAUGCCUCAGUACAAGCUCAUCAUUCAGGGCACCAACAUGGCGGGGCUUUCCAGCAACACAACGCUGACCAUUCACUUGAAGGACGAAAACGAUAACGGACCCGUUUUCACCCAGAAGGAGUUCAAAGGAGUGAUAAGCGAGUCCGCACCCGUCGGCAGUGUGGUUCUGACUCAUGAAAACACACCUUUUGUCAUCCGAGCCGUUGAUGCCGAUUGUGACCGUAAUGCGAUGCUCGUCUACCGGAUCGUUGAACCAUAUGCGCUCAACUAUUUUGCCAUCGAUUCCAGCACCGGAGCAAUUAGUACCACGACCACUUUGGAUUACGAAGAGAAAAGCCUUUUCCGCUUCACGGUACAAGUCCACGAUUUAGGAAUGCCACGUCUGUUUGCUGAGACAGCUGCAAAUGUCACCGUCGAGGUGAUUGAUGUCAACGACUGUUCCCCAGUUUUCAGCCAAGGACUGUAUGAGGCGACGCUUAUAGUGCCAACGUACAAAGGAGUGGAAGUCAUUCAAGUCAAUGCUACGGAUUUAGACUCUGCACCUAAUUCCAAGCUCAUAUUCUCCAUUUCCGAGGGUAAUAUUGGCGAUAAAUUCCGGAUUGAUCAAGUCACCGGUGUAAUAUCUGUUCAGAAUGUGACGCAGCUGCGGAGCAGAUAUGAAUUUAAAGUCAGGGUUUCAGAUGGGAGGUUUGCCUCCGUUGUCACUGUGAAGAUUAAUGUGAGGGAGAACAAGGGGAGCAAAAUGAAGUUCACCAGGGAAUCCUAUCAAGCCUAUGUACAGGAAAAUUCAUCCGAAAAGAAAACACUCGCUGUUAUUGCCGCAGUUGGAAACCAAGUCAAUGAACCCCUGUUUUAUAAAAUUCUGAACCCUGAUAGCCGGUUUGACAUUGGCCGCACGUCUGGGGUAUUCUCUUCAACUGGAAUCCCAUUUGACCGGGAACUUCAAGACAAUUUUGAUUUUGUCGUCGAGGUGACCAAGGAGGACAUGUCGGUGGAAGGUGCUCAUGUUGUUGUUUCCGUGAGGGUGGAGGAUGUUAACGACAACAAGCCUAUGUUUAUGAACCUUCCCUAUCACGCGCUGGUACAAGUGGACGCAGAAGAAGGCCAUGUCAUUCGACAGGUCAGCGCCGUGGACAAAGACAAGGGUCCAAAUGCAGCUAUUCAUUAUUAUCUGAAGGAUCACCAGAAGCAUUUUGAAAUCAACUCCAAUGGUGAAAUUACCCUGAAAAGGAAGUUUGACGACAGCGCUGUUGAUACAGAUUUUGUUGUCGUGGUCGUAGCCCAAGAUAACGGUGAUCCGACCUUCUCAGCUGAAGCAGAGGUGCCAAUAAGGGUGGUGAACAAAGCGACUCCUGUGUUUGAGAAGCCCUUUUACAGGAUCGAAAUCCCUGAAAAUAUCCAGUUGCACACUCCUGUUCUCCACGUAAUAGCCAGUGAAUCCGAAGGCCCUCGCAUUGUUUACACCAUCUCAAAGGGAGAUCCUUUCAAACAGUUCUCUAUCGAUUUCAACACAGGUGUCAUUCAUGUUGUUGAGCCGCUGGAUUUUGAGACACAUCCUGCUUAUAAACUCAGUGUACGAGCCACAGACUCGCUUACCGGAGCACACUCUGACGUUUUUGUCGAUAUUAUCCUGGAAGACGUUAACGACAAUGCCCCAGUUUUCCUGUCUAAAGCCUACUACGCCAACAUUUCUGAGGCCGCUGCCGUCGGAACAUCAGUCCUGCAAGUAGAAUCCAAAGAUUCUGACACUGAAAAUAACCAGGAAGUGUUCUUCCAGUUGGUGGAGGAGAAGGGCAAGAGUCCCGAGUAUUUCACCAUCGACCGCAAUACUGGAAUAAUCUCAACGAGCAAAGCUCUUGAUUACGAGGAAGCCCAACGGCAUGUGCUAACAGUUCGUGUUGUGGACGGUGGAGUUCCAGCCCUCUCCAGUGAUGUCAUCGUAACCGUGGACGUGACAGACCUCAAUGACAAUGCCCCAUCGUUUUCAGAGCACACAUACACAGCCACUGUGAGUGAACUGGCAUCCCGCGGCCACUUCGUCACCCAACUCCAGGCGUCAGAUGCCGAUAGCUCGGACUCAAACAAGUUGGAGUUUGCGAUAAUUUCUGGAAACGAUGAUCAAAACUUCGCCAUAGACAAGAGAACAGGUGCCAUCACCAUUUCUAAUCACCGGAGGCCACAUAUGCAGCCGCAUUACGACCUCAAUGUGUCUGUGUCAGAUGGCGUUUUCAGAACCUCAGCCAUUGUGGAAGUCAAAGUCAGAGGUGCCAAUUUCCAUAACCCUGCCUUCUCCCAGGUGGAAUAUGUGGUGGAGCUGGUGGAAAACUCACCUGUUGGGACUCUGGUGGCAGAGGCAAAAGCGACAGACAGCGACGAAGGCAUCUACGGACAAAUAACGUACCGAAUUGUUAAUGAUUUUGCAAAAGACAAGUUUUCUGUCAACAAUGACGGAGAGAUUUUUACUCGCGAGACCCUGGAUCGAGAGAAUUCAAUAGAGAAGGUCAUUCCGAUUUCUCUCACAGCUAUAGAUGGUGGCGGAAAAGUGGGCUUUUGUGUUGUUAAUGUUAUUCUAACGGAUGUCAAUGACAAUGCCCCACAGUUCAGGGCUUCUGAGUACAAAGCUGCAAUUGCGUCAGAUGUCCCCAGGGGAACCUCUGUUGUUAAGAUCGCUGCCUCAGACAUGGAUGAGGGAAGCAAUGCUGACAUCGAGUAUACAAUUGAAGCAGAUGCAGAGAAUGUGGCUGAAAACUUUGAGGUCAACUCAGCUUCUGGUGUCAUCACAACCAAAGAAAGUCUAAUUGGACUUGAAAGUGAACUCUACGCCUUCUUCGUCAGAGCAAAGGACACUGGGAACCCACCAAGACAUUCUCUCGUGCAGGUUUACAUUCGAAUCGUGCCACCAGAAACCCCAAUUCCAAAGUUCCCCGAACUGCAUUACCGUUACACGGUCGCCGAAGACAUUCCAAUCAGCUCGGAGAUCGAUGUGAUUCAGGCGGAGAGCGAGCAGCCGCUCACUUAUACACUUCUGAGAGGUAACACGCCUGAGAGCAAUGCAAAUGAGGUUUUUGUUGUAGACCAGGACACCGGGACUUUGAAGAUCCAGAAAAGCCUUGAUCAUGAGACUACAAAGUGGUACCAACUGACGCUUCUCGCUGAAUCCAAAUUGGAGCAUUACGACGUCGUUGCAUCUGUUAAUGUAAACGUCCAGGUGAAAGACCUGAACGACAACAAGCCAGUUUUUGAGUCAAGUCCUUAUGAGGCGGUCAUUCUGGAAAACCUCCCUGCUGGAUCACAAGUAAUUCAGGUCAAAGCCUAUGACUUGGAUUCAGGAACCAAUGGUCACGUCCUGUACAGUCUUGAUGCUCAGCAAGACGUCCCUGAGAUCGCAGAGCUAUUCGCUAUCAACGGUCAAACCGGAUGGAUAACCACCUUGAAGGAGCUCGAUUGCGAGAAGGUGAACAAAUACGUAAUCACAGUGCUGGCCACGGACCAAGGGGAUAAAAUCCAGCACGUCACCAGCACCAAAGUGGAGGUGACAGUCGCAGAUGAGAAUGACAAUCCGCCACGAUUCACCGCGGAGAUUUACAAAGGCACAGUCAGUGAAGAUGAUCCACCUCCCAGCGGGGUGAUCGCUAUACUGAGCACCACAGAUGAUGACUCGGAGGAUGUCAACAAACAAGUGGCGUACUUUAUCACAGCAGGGGACCCUCUUGGUCAGUUUGCCAUUGAGCACAUCCAGAAUGAGUGGAAGGUCUCGGUGAGGAAGCCUUUGGACCGUGAGGAAAAGGACAAUUAUCUUCUGAACAUCAUCGCCAGUGAUGGCAUCUUCACAGCUAAGGCUGUUGUAGAGGUCAAAGUGUUGGACGCCAAUGACAACAGUCCAGUGUGCCAGAAGUCUGUGUAUAGUGAAAGCGUCCCUGAGGACUCCCCUGCCAGCAGGCUCAUCCUCCAGGUCUCAGCAACUGACGCGGACAUCCGCUCCAACGCACAAAUCUCCUAUGAGCUCCACGGAAUUGGAUCGGAAUUGUUCUUCAUUGACUCCGACACAGGUGAGCUGAAGACUAUGCAGCCCCUGAAUAGAGAGGAGCAGAGUGAGCACCGGUUCAAAGUCCGAGCGGUGGACGGUGGAGGUCGCUACUGCGAGGCGGAAGUCCACAUCACAGUGGAAGACGUCAACGACAAUGCGCCUGAGUUCUCAGCUGAUCCAUACACCCUGACCGUCUUUGAAAACACAGAGACAGGCACAUACGUGGCUAAACUGCAGGCGGCAGACGUCGACACAGGUGUCAACAGCAACAUCCUCUACUCAUUUGCGGACUCUGCGGAUGGAUUUUUCUCCAUCGAUGAGACCACCGGAGUGAUUAGUCUGGAGAGGCCUCUGGACCGGGAAGUGCAGGCGGUCUAUGAUCUGACGGCUCGAGCCAGUGACCAGGGGUCGCCUCGCCUCUCAUCCCUCUGCCACGUCGUGAUCUCAGUGCUGGACAUCAACGACAACCCGCCGGUGUUCGAACACCGGGAAUACACAGCCACGCUCUCUGAGGACGUUGCUGUGGGCACACAGGUGCUCCGAGUGCAGGCAGCCAGCCGUGACACGGAAGCUGCAGGGGAGAUUUCCUACAGCAUCAUCAGUGGGAACGAGCACGGGAUGUUCAGCGUGGACACACACUCGGGUGAUAUUUUCGUGAUCGAGCCACUGGACUACGAGAUCUCUCAUGAGUACUACAUCACGAUAGAAGCGACAGACGGCGGCUCGCCUCCUCUCAGUGACAUCGCCACCGUCAACAUCAACCUGACUGACGUCAACGACAACAAACCCGUCUUCAGUCAGGGCGUCUACACGGCCGUCGUCAGCGAAGACGCCGAGCUGGGAAGAACUGUGUUGACGGUCUUAGCUGAGGACGCCGACGGUCCAGCGUACCAUAACGUUCGAUACUCUAUUGUGGACGGGAACAAAGGGAGCCCCUUUAGCAUCGAUCCCACCAGGGGAGAGUUGAAAGUUGCACGCCAGCUGGAUCGAGAGAAAACGUCAGGAUACACCCUCAUGGUGCUCGCCUCAGACAACGGGGUCCCUCCUCUCUCCAGCAGCGCUGUCAUCAACAUCGACAUCUCAGACGUCAACGACAACCCGCCUCUCUUCUCCCAGGCUAACUAUAGCCUCAUCAUUCAGGAGAAUCGACCCAAAGGCACCAGUGUUCUUCAGCUGAUGGUCACCGACCGGGACGCCUCUCACAACGGUCCACCUUUCACCUUCACCAUUGUGGAUGGGAACACGGGCGACGCUUUCCAGAUCAGUCAGCAAGGGGCUCUAAUUUCAACAGGCUUGUUGAAGAAGCAGAAUAAAGAUAACUACCUACUUCAAGCACAGGUGUCGGACAGCGGCAAACCUCAGCUCACCUCCACGGCCUUCAUCAGCGUGCGUGUGAUUGAGGAGAGCAUCUAUCCUCCGGCCAUCCUCCCGCUCGACGUCUUUGUUUCCACCGCCGGCGACGAAUACGCAGGCGGCGUCCUGGGAAAGAUUCACGCCACCGAUCAGGACAUCUACGACACGCUGUCCUACAGCCUGGCGCCGUCUUCUGGCAACGCUCUGUUUUCAGUCUCCGCCUCCGACGGUAAAGUCAUCGCCCUGCAGCCACUCGACGUCGGACACUACCCUCUCAACGUCACAGUGACGGAUGGACGCUUCACCACCGCGGCCGACGUGAACGUGCACGUCCGGCAGGCGACACGCCACGCGCUGGACAACUCUAUCGCGGUGCGCUUUGGGAAUAUUGCGGCUGAGGAGUUUAUUGGAGACUACUGGCGCAACUUCCAGAGAGCUCUGAGGAACAUCGCAGGUGUGAGGAGGAGCGAGGUCCAGCUGGUGAGUCUGCAGGCUUCAGAGCAAGGAGAUCUGGAUGUUCUGCUGACUCUGGAGAGGUCUGGCACCCCGUACCAGUCACAGGAGGUUGUUUUUCGGAAGUUGAAUUCCUCCGCCGCGGUGAUCGAGGAGAUGACUGGUGUACGGAUUUUAAGGGUGGUGCAAAAACUGUGUGCCGGCUUGGACUGCCCACUGCGCUUCUGCGAUGAGGUCGUCACGCUGGACAAGAGCACCAUGUCCACUCACAGCACCGCUCGCCUCAGCUUUGUCACCCCGCGACACCAGAGAACCGCCACGUGCCAGUGUGAAGGUGGAAAGUGCCCUUCAUUGAACACCGUGUGUGAGAACAGUCCAUGUCCCGAGGGGAUGGAGUGUGUGGCUGAUGCCAGGGAGGCAGUGUACAGUUGCGUGUGUCCAGAGAGCCGAACGGGCAAAUGCACAGAUGGCCACUCGCUGACGUUCAGCGGCAGCAGCUACAUCAAAUACCGUCUGAUGGAGAACGAGAACAAGGAGCUGAUGAAGUUGUCUCUCAGGCUGCGGACGUUCUCCAGUCAUGCCACCGUCAUGUUUGCCAAAGGAACUGACUACAGCAUCCUGGAGAUCGUGAACGGCCGUUUGCAGUACAAGUUCGACUGCGGCAGCGGACCGGGACUGGUGUCGGUCCACAGCGCUCAGGUCAACGACGGCGAGUGGCACACCGUCUCUCUGGAGGUGGACGGGAACUACGCCAAGCUGGUUCUGGACCGGGUGCAUGCAGCGUCCGGCACAGCGCCCGGCACCCUCCGCACCCUCAACCUUGACAACACCAUAUACUUCGGUAGUCACGUCCGCCAGCACUCGUCAGCGCGGCACGGCCGCAACCUUCCCAUCACCAACGGGCUGCGGGGCUGCAUCGAGGCCAUCACUCUGAACGGCCAGGAGCUGCCUCUCAACACGCAGGCUCGCCGAGCCCACGCCGUGUUGGAGGACAUCAGUGACGUGAGCCCCGGCUGUGCCCUCACCCCUGCCGAGAGUUGCUCCAGCAACCCCUGCAUUAAUGGAGGACUCUGCACAUCACUGUCAAACGGAGGCUACUUCUGCAAGUGUCCCGCCUCCUUCAUGGGAACCCACUGCGACAUUCCUAUCAGCCCCUGCUCCUCCAACCCCUGCCUGUACGGCGGCACUUGUGUGCCACGUGCUGAUGACUUUUACUGCCAGUGCAGAGGGCAGUACUCUGGACAGAGGUGCCAGUUGGGUCCGUACUGCAACGACAACCCAUGUAAAAAUAGUGGCAAGUGUAUCGACAGCCUGGACGGUCCGGUCUGUGAGUGUGAAGCAGGUUUCCAGGGAGACAGGUGUCUGAGUGACGUGGACGAGUGUCUGAAGAGCCCGUGUGAGAACGGGGGUCAGUGCCAGAACACAUACGGCUCCUACAAGUGCAACUGCUCGCUCGGUUUCAGCGGGCCGACCUGCGAAGUCCGCUCCCCAUUCCGUAACGAAGUCUCCUCCAACUCUUGGAACAUCGGCCUGGAGGAGGUGAUCGGCAUCGUGGUGUUUGUGUCCAGCAUCUUCAUCCUAGUCCUGCUGUUCGUCAUCAUCCGCAAGAGGGCGUGCCACAGCAAGUCCAAGAGCGAUGACGACAAGCACGGCGGCGGCUCCAGCGUCCCCCACUCCUUCCUCCAGAGACCUUAUUUCGACUCCAAGUUCAACAAGAACAUCUACUCAGACAUCCCGCCUCAGGUGCCCGUGAGGCCCAUCUCGUACACUCCCAGCAUUCCGAGCGACUCCCGGAACAACCUGGACAGAAACUCGUUUGAGGGCUCAGCCAUCCCUGAGCACCCGGAGUUCAGCACCUUCAACCCGGACUCUGUGCACGGACACCGGAAGACUGUCGCCGUGUGCAGCGUCGCCCCAAAUCUGCCCCCUCCGCCUCCAUCAAACUCCGUCUCAGACAGUGACUCAAUCCAGAAGCCCAACUGGGAUUAUGAUUAUGACGCUAAAGUUGUGGACCUGGACCCGUGUCUGACAAAGAAGUCCGUGGAGGACAACGUGUGCCACCCCUUCAACACCAGAGGGAGCAUGUCUGAGGUCCAUUCCCUCAGCUCCUUCCAGUCGGAGUCGUGCGACGAUAACGCCUCCAUAGUGACAGUUAUUCACCUCGUCAACUCUGUUGUUGACUCGGUGGAAAGAGAAGAGUCUUUUUUGGCUCAUGAACCCAAGAACUCAAAAGGAUACCACUGGGACACAUCUGAUUGGAUGCCAAGUGAACAACUUCCUGGAAUCCAGGAGUUUCCACAGUAUGAGGUUGUGGAGUCGCCGGCGCCCUUGUACAGCGACCAGAGCGCCAUCGACACCGACUAUUAUCCAGGAGGCUUCGACAUCGAGAGCGACUUCCCCCCACCCCCUGAGGAUUUCCCCGCCAACGACGAUUUGCCUCCGCCGCCGCUGCCGGAGUACGCCGACCGCUGUGACACGCUGCGACCAAGAGAUUUGGACCACGACUCCGCCUCUGGUGUCCGCCAGCGCCCAGCGCUGCCCCAGCUCUACAGCCUCAACCAGUACCUGCCGCAGCACUCGUACCCGAGCGACGGGGUUGACACUGAGGGUCAAGGUGCCACCUCUACCUCUGCCAACACCACGCCCGCCUCCACCAUGGGCGCCGGCGGCUUCAGAGCAGGCAACCCCCUCGGUUGUAGUCGGGACUUUGACUCCUCAGGUUUGGACAACAUGUCCCUGUCUCUCUACACGUCCACAGCCUCGUGCUCGGACAUGUCGGCGUGCUGUGAGGAGUCCGAGGCCAUGAUCAGCGAUUACGAAAGCGGCGACGAGGGCCACUUCCAGCGGCUCGCCAUCCCGUCGCUGGACUCCCAGCAGCACACUGAGGUCUGACACUGGAUCCAAACAAAAGUGCCUGAAACCCACCUAGUCCUUGACGCCGCCGGCAGUCCCUCCAGGAGCUUACCGUUGCACUAAAUUUCACCAACGUUAAUCGCAGUACACAAAACAAAAUCAAGCACUACAUACGAUACAUUUGGACGAAAACAUGAUUUUGGUGGAAUGGCAGUGGAAUACGCGAUGAACAUUUGAUGAUGACGUGUUGCGGUGCAGAAUACGUCAAAGGUCCUCGCUACAUCAUGAUCUACCAUUAACAAUUUUCCAAAAUUUUUGCUAUGCGAACGAAAACAAGUGUGAUUCAUAAGAAAGUUACUGAGUCGACGGCAGAAAAUCAUGUUGCAAGUUCUACUUGACUCUUAUCUCGUGGAAGAAAUCUGGAGGGACUGGCCAUCACACAGUCCGUGUCUCGAAAACAUUCACACGUACGAUACAUUUAAGUGUCGAGUUGUUUCAUCCUGCAGAGUAAAAAAAAAAUACGGUUCUGACUCUGUCAAAAUGGCGGUGCCAUUAUCUGUCCUCGUGCAGGAAGUUGAUUGUCUGACAUCAUGGAAAAAAGAAUAAGCAUUUCAAAAGUAAGUGUUUUAUAUGAGUCUUUGUUUUCAUGUGAAUUUUACUGUACAGUUCUGAUUUCAAAGGUGACUAGGUUUUGUAGAUAUUCUAUGAUUUUAUUUUUUUGAGGAGAAAAAAAAGCGUGAUAUUAUCAGCCUUACUGUGUGUACAUCCCAAAAUAAUAAAAAAAAAAAAAAAAAAAAGAAAAAAAGGCGGGAAAAGCUCGGCUUUUCUCAUCGAGAUGUACUAGUAACAUUUCUUGUCCUCUUAUUUUCAAAAAGGGUCUUCAAUGAACGACUGCAUAUUCUUGUGUUGUUGCUUUUUUUUAUUUUAUUAUUUGCUUGUUUGUAAAUUUUGACUUUGGAACCUCUUUAUUUUUCCACCAAGAAAACGGGACCCAAUAUAUUUAUAGUUGAGAGUUCUCCAUGGACACAGGUGUUUUUCAGGUGUCUGUGUGUGUGAGCAGCGCUACCGUCUUGUUAAGAUUUUUAUCUGCCACAGGCUCACGCUUUCCUACUGGCAAUAAAUUAUUCCUAAAAAAAGAA